ACGGGAGGUCGCUUGCUGUGAAGCACAGAAGGGUUAAAGUUAGGGUUUUAACCAAUAAGGAUGGUGCGGAGUCUAAAGAAGCCCAAGAAGAUCAAACACCGGAAUAAGGAAUCCAAGAAGGGUGAUUCUUCUUCUUCUUCAGUGCCUUCUGCUCCAGCAAAGGUAUGGGAACCUGGAGUAGAUAAAUUGGAAGAAGGGGAAGAGCUCCAAUUUGACCCCUCCGCAUACAAUUACCUGCGUGGUUUUGGCGUUGGAUGGCCUUGUUUGAGUUUUGAUAUCAUCCGUGAUUCUUUGGGAUUGGUGCGUUCAGAGUUUCCCCACACAUUAUAUGGUGUUGCAGGAACUCAGGCUGAGCAAGCAUCCUGGAACUAUAUUGGAGUUUUCAAAAUCUCCAACAUUUCUGGGAAAAAGCGUGGUUUAGUGCCAUCUGCAACAGCUGAUGGGGAUACGGAUAUGGAUAGUGAGAGUAGUAGUGAUGAAGAAGAUGAUGUUGGUGAUGCAUCUGCACAACCUAUUUUACAGCUUCACAAGGUGGCCCAUCAAGGAGGUGUAAAUCGCAUCCGAGCAAUGUCUCAAAAACCUCACAUAUGUGCUACUUGGGCCGACAGAGGACAUGUCCAGGUGUGGGAUUUUGCCUCUCAAUUAGAUGCUUUAGCAGAGUCAAACGCUCAGAGUAGCCAGGGAGGUAAUAGUAUAAAUCGCGUUGCUCCAGUAAUUAAGUUUGAUGGGCAUAGAGAUGAAGGCUUUUCCAUAGAUUGGAGUCCUGUUGUUACUGGUAGGCUUGUCUCAGGUGAUUGCAAUCGCUGUAUUCAUCUAUGGGAGCCUUCAAAUGACUCAUGGAUUGUUGAUGCAAAUCCUUUUGUUGGGCACCAAGCAAGCGUUGAAGAUCUGCAAUGGAGUCCAACAGAAGCGGAUGUCUUUGCCUCUUGUUCUGUGGAUGGGAAUAUCUCAAUUUGGGAUUCACGGAUAGGAAAAUCUCCUGCAGUGUCUAUAAAGGCUCAUAAGACUGAUGCCAAUGUCAUUUCAUGGAAUCGGUUGGCUAGCUGCAUGAUAGCCUCUGGAAGUGAUGAUGGCAGCUUCUCCAUACGUGAUCUUAGAUUGAUUAAGGGAGACUCGCUUGUAGCUCACUUUGAGUAUCACAAACAACCAAUCACUUCUAUUGAAUGGAGCCCACAUGAAGCCUCUACCUUGGCCGUCUCAUCUGCUGAUAAUCAGCUUACGAUAUGGGACCUUUCAUUAGAAAGGGAUGAAGAAGAGGAGGCUGAAUUCAAAGCAAAGAUUAAAGAGCAAGCUAAUGCACCUACAAAUUUACCACCUCAACUCUUAUUUGUUCAUCAGGGCCAGAAGGACCUGAAGGAGCUUCAUUGGCACCAGCAGAUCCCAGGCAUGAUAAUAUCUACUGCUGCAGAUGGCUUCAACAUUCUAAUGCCCGCCAACAUUGAAACCACUCUCCCAUCAGCCUAAUUUUGUAGCCAAUUGAUGCACCUUUUUAUUCUGCUUGCACUUCUCUUGAUUUUCUUAGUUACCAUGAUUCAUAUUUAUGUCUCUAAGAAAUGGUAGAUUAUACAUUUUUGCUUAUUAGAAUUUGUAUUAUAAUCAUGUUUACCUACCCAGUGUGUUUAUGAGAAUUUAGCAUAAGUGGGCCUUUGUAUGAUCA